GGGCAGAAUUAUUUGUUCUUCGGCGAUUAGCACGCGAAGAGACAAUUUGGAUCGGGGACGACGAAUUACGCGCGGUGAAAAAUGCCGCUCCGAGCGAGCCUUGAAUUAAUCGCGCGUGCAGAUUAAUAGGAAUCUGGUCGGAGAAUCUGUCCGAGAGACUCGUCGCGUCGCAUUCUCGCUGAUGCACCCUCGUUUAGUAGGAGUGGCCGGGCGAGAUCUGUUCCAAGUAUCAAAAUUGAAGAGUUGCCAUCUUGAUUUAUGACAACUUAUUCUACAUUUCGUUGCGUGCGAUUAACAAAUAAUGAUACGCGAGUUAUAAUUUGUAUACACGACAGUCGCUCGCAAUUUUUCCGUUGCAAUUGGAGCAGACUAGCAAUUCUCUAUCUUACGCACAAUGUUACAUCUCUUGCACGUUUUUAUGGUUGUAACAUCGGACUUUAGACGAGUGACAUCUUUUUUCCGAGAGGCUCGGACAUCUACGGGACAAACAGGUGGAUAGAAUCGGAAGACCGUAUUUUCGCGGUUGAACGCGAUGCCAACUCAAGAGGAUAAUGAGGAUCUCUAGAGAUUCUAAAGUAAGAAUCUAAGACAGAAAAACGAAGUUCUGACUAUUACACUUUCCGUUUCCGGAAGAUCUUCCGGAAAGAAAAAUCUUGCACGAUUUUGUGUCCUCGUCAAUUUGAUUCGUUUGGACAAAGGGAGGAAACCUUCAUACAGAUACAUCUCGAAGCGAUUUAUUAAUUUACAUUAGUGUAGUAUUAAAUAUGCGUUAACCAUCUUUCUUAGAUUUCGCGCUUCGCUUUAAAUUUAUAUCGAGUUCUGUCAAACAUUUCGGAUAUUAUACAUUUGUGUGACACACUAAACCCAAUCGGGCCUUGAAAGAAAUCCUCAGGAUUUUCGGGUAACCCUGUUCGAGUGGCGGCCUUGUUACACGAGAGCGGCUCGAAGGAUGCCGAGGAUUAAUUGGCGGGUCCGAUCGCGCGCGCCGCUACCCCCUUGCCCUGUGCCUCCUCUCGACCUCCUCUCCCUUCCCUCGCGCGGCGAUCCCUUCGAAGGGGUUGCACGCCACGUCGGAUCUCCAGUCGGAGUGGUGAGAGAAAAAAAAAAGAAGCGCGCAGAGGAGGAACGAAAGAAAGGAGCUGCUAAUUGACACGGGCGAUUGCACGUAACGGUAUAAUUAGAGAAAAGAAUACGGAGAGCCCGGGUCCGGUGCACCGAUGAAACCAAUGAACCAGCCACCGCGCGGCAAAGGGAGAGGGAAGAAACGAGAAAGGCAAAGAGAGAAAGAGAGAGUGGGAAAAUACGGCGGGCGGAGCGGCGGGAGAGAGAUGAACGGAAAGGCAGAAAAGCAGCAGGGGAGAGAAGCAGCCGGCGGGUUUCGUGCGACCAUCGAGGGGUUCCCUCUCCGAGAGAAAGAGCCGCGGGCCUACGGUAAGACGAGAGAGAAAGAGAGAGAGGGAGCGGGAGAACGUAAUCGCGAGGGCGAGGGAGAGAGCGAGAAGCGCUGGUCGAAGAGACAGAGAAGGGGUACGCGACGACCACGGGGAGCAGGAGAGAGAGACCGGGAUAGACAGAACGAGGGGGGAGGAUCGGGAGGGAGAGCGAAAAGAGAGGGACCAUAGGCUCGUGGACCCUGCCGCGAUCAUUCUGUACCAACACGCCGCGCCGGUCGGUUUCGCAGCGUUCCCAGGGCCCUCCGAUAACACCACGAGGAGGAGCAGCAGCCGUUCUCCAACGAGGUCACUUCCGCGUACCCCCGUCGAGGGAGAGAGCCCCGUUCUGGAGGAAAAGUCACCGGGUCCCCGAACUGGCGAACAUCUCCGUUCUUCUUCUUCUUGUUCUUCUUCUUCUUGCCGCGAGGUACGAGGACACCGCAGGACGAGACUCGGAAAGUGAACCCCCAUCGGUGAAAGGUGCCGCGAGAGCCCGUUCGUUUAUUUUUUUCUUCCGUCUUCCGGGAGCUCGAUUCCGCCGGGACCAGGCCUCUUCGUCGGGACGAUUGUUCGCUGGGCGAGGUAUCGCCCGCUCUUUGAUCGAGAAGCGCCGUUGGCUCCGAAGAGGAUACCGCGAACAUCCAGGAAAGGCGAUCGCCAGUCUUGGAGCGGAUAGAGAUCUGGCGGUCUUCGAGCUUCAGCGGGAUCCCUCGUCCAUGCCGUCGUCGGCGGUGCCGAUCUUGCGGCCCGUCGAGAGGGAUUUAACAGAAAAUCGGAUUAUAUGGUGAACCGAUCGCCCGAAUGCUGAAGAAUCCGAGGAACUUUAUGCGACAUACAAAAACGAAUGCUCGGGGGGGAUCGUCGAAUAAUGCACCUCGGUAGCUCGCCUUUAUCUCGGGCGUUCGAUCGGAUGACAGGUUCUCCAGUAGAACAAGAACGACGACCGUCUACAGGCGCAUCCGUGCGGAACAUAGUCGAGCUAUAAGUUCAACGUCGAGAGCCGUUGAAGCGGCAAUUAAUGCGACGCAUUAAGGAUCGAGGGCGCGAUCUUGGACGCGAUCGACGUCUCGAGCGUAUCCUCGUGGAGUGAGGAUCGCGAGAGCGGGAUCUCACGCGGGCAGUCGCGCCGAACGGCGCGACUCGUUUACUCGGGCUCGCGGCGGCGGCGAAAGAGUUCGGCGGAAAUUAUUCCGUCAAGAUCGCAAUCGCGCGCUGGCGUGACCGCGCGAGCAGCUCGCCCAGGCGAUCAGGUUUCGCUCCGAGAAGAAAUCUCGCUCUUCCAGCGCGUUCUCCGCCGCGCUGCGCCGUGCAGGGGAAGGUUCGCCAAGUAGUACUCGAUCCACGGCCGAGUACUCGCCCGAUCCUCGACCCGAUCUUCUCCGUGCGAUCCGAGAGACCUGGCGAACCAAUUAUGCGAGUCGGUAGGUGUUAUGAGCCGCAAAAUGAGACGUGAGACGGCGCGGAGUCGUGUCGCGCGAGGCAGGAGAGGAACGUUUCCGUCCGGAGGACUGUUCACGAUUCAAAGGACGAGGUCCCGUCGCGACGAUUCCCGAUAAGGAGAGGGCGAGAUCGAUUCGCAUAUCGCGAUCGGCGCUAUCGCGGAAGGACGAGCGAGCGAUACGAGAUUAUCCCGGCGAGUCGAGCCGGGGCGCAAUUAUCUCCGAGACUUAACGACUGCGGCUUGCUCCGUUCCGGGGUGAAGGAGAAGGAUGACGAUGCGAGGCAAUGGUCCACUCCUGAUGUUGCGAUCGCUGAUGGUCGCCGCCGCCGCCGCCGCCGCCACCACGACGGUACCGGGGACCUGGAUAAACCUGGGUCUGCGACACUUGCCGCAACUGGAACCGGUGCAGUCGAUGGAGCCGUUUGACGCGAGUGCUUCCACGGUCUGCGUCGGUCUGAAGGGCCUGUCCCAGGGCCAGGGAAAGCUCUGCCAGCUGUCCGUGGACCACAUGUUCAGCGUGGCCAAGGGCGCAAAGUACGGCGUCGUGGAGUGCCAGCAUCAGUUCAAGGACAGAAGGUGGAACUGCUCCACCGUCCACGACGAGACCGUGUUCGGGCCGAUACUCAGAAUAGCGAGCAGGGAGACCGCGUUCGUUCACGCGAUCACCGCCGCCGGAGUGGUCUACUCCAUCAGCCGCUCCUGCCGGGACGGCCAGCUGUCGUCGUGCGGAUGUUCCAGGAGUAGCCGGCCCAAGGAUCUGAAGCGCGAUUGGAUCUGGGGCGGAUGCGGGGAUAAUCUCGAGUACGGCUACAAAUUCACGCAGGCGUUCGUUGAUGUGCGGGAGCGGGAGCGCAGCUUUAAGAGGGGCAGCCGGGAGCAGGGCAGGAGCCUGAUGAAUCUGCACAACAACGAGGCCGGUCGCAGGGCCGUCAUCAAAAGGUCCAAGGUGACGUGCAAAUGUCACGGCGUUUCCGGAAGCUGCAGCCUGAUCACCUGCUGGCAGCAGCUCGCAUCGUUUCGCGAGAUCGGCGAUUUUCUGUUGGACAAAUACGACGGUGCGACCGAGGUCAAGGUCAACCGGCGCGGUCGCUUAUCGAUGCGCGAUCCUAGGUUCUCGGUUCCCACUGCGAACGACCUGGUCUACCUGGACGAUUCGCCCAACUACUGCCUCCCGAAUGACACCCUGGGAUCACUAGGCACGCAGAGCAGACUAUGCAAUAGAACCUCGUCCGGCAUGGACGGCUGCAAUCUCCUUUGCUGCGGCAGGGGAUACAACACGCAGAAGUCGACGAUCAGGGAGAGAUGCGAGUGCAAGUUUCACUGGUGUUGCUUCGUCGAGUGCAAGACCUGCGUGAAGAAUAUCGAUAUACACACUUGCAAAUAGCGCGCUACUAUUUAUUUCGUUUUUCUUCCACAAUUUCUUCCCGGACUUGUCCUCGCGCAUUGUCGAGGAUACGUCGUAUUUUGGUAACGGCGGCAUUAUUGUUUCACAGUCAAUGAAUUUUGAAUCGUAUUUUCUUCUCUUAAUUUAAAAUCUACUCGUGAAACAAACUUUUGUUAAACCCUCUCUCUUCUGCGAGCGUGCGUGUACGUGGAUGUUUUUAUGCAAUAUUUUACUGCGAUAUGUAAUCUGCUAAAAGAUAAAUUUUACCAGAGUAUUAAGCAAUCUCUGUAUUUUACCCGA